AUGGAUUUCUUCUUUGGAUUACCAGCCGAUGCGCAGGGGCGCACACGCAUCCUAGAUAUCGUGGACAGGUUUAGUAAUAUGGCGCAUCUUCCACCUGUCGCUGCUUCCAUCACGGCCGAGGACACCGCGGAUCUCUUCGUAGACAUGGUCUUCAAACAUCAUGACAUGCCCGCCACGAUUGUAUCAGACCACGGUCCUCGAUUCACGGCCACAUUCUGGUCUCGCUUGUUCGAAAUUAUCGGGACUCGUCUGAUGAUGUCUACCACUGCGCAUCCUGAAAUGGAUGGACAGACCGAGCGAGACAAUCGCAUGUUGGAGGAAGUUUUGUGCAGUUAUGCCAAGUAUUUUUCGUCAUGGAGCGAGUUCCUCCCCAUGACUGAAUUUGGCGUUAAACAACGGUGUUCACGCUUCGACUGGGACACCGAAUGUCUCGGUGCCACUAGCGCCCUCGAGAAAGACAUUACCCGACUCGCUACAUGCGGUGCAAACGCGUUCCAAGUCACAGCAAUUUCUCCUCCGGCAAGCGCAGAUCAGUCUCCAUCUGGAGUCCGUCCGUCGGACUCUACUGUGAUCGACAAAUUUGUGAUACAUCGCCAAUUUGUCGUGCGAUUUGUGCGCGACGACAUUGCCGCUGCGGUCGACAAGCAGAAGGAGUCCGCAGACCAACGCGGACGCAAGAACUUUGAGAACUUCAAGGUUGGUGAUUUGAUUCUACUUUCGACGACAAGCAUAACCGACGCGUCAGUGACAAAUUUCGGCACACCGAAACUAGCACCACGGCAUAUUGGUCCAUUCAAAGUAAUUAAGGUGAAUGGGGAUUCCUACGAGCUGGACAUCCCUUAG